CCUCUGUGUACAACGAAUAGUUCGUUUGUUGGUAAGUGCCCAUUAAAAUAGUUUAACCCUAUAGCGAUUGCGUGUACAUUCUACCUACUUAAUUCGAAAACUCCAGAGAUGAAUUAUCUUAGCAAACAGCAGUUGCAAUUUUUCGAAAUUCCAAUUCUCCAAUCGUAGGUCCUGCUUUGCUAAAGGUGAGAAACAAAAAAUUGUCACACUUCUCCAAUUUUUAUUAUUUUCUUUUUCAUCAAAUAUUUACACGUAUGUAUGAGAGAUACGUUGCUUCAAAGCAUUGAUGUGCGCUACGUACGGAUUGAAAUAACAAACAUGAUGAGAGCUCGUGAAAUGUUGAGUGAGCACCGAAAUAUGACACAGAAAAGUUGAUAUGGUUAAAUACAGUGCAGGUCAUUGACAGUCUGUGUUUGCAGUACAGUAAUCUAAUAUUUGUGUUCCGUGAUUGUGCUCCACGCGUUUUAUUUGAAACUGAAGUGUCACUAAACGUGCAGGUAUUUACCGUUGCCUUAUUAAAGGUAUGUAUCGAUGUGAACAUUUGUUUCUUGUUGCUUGUUUCUCUCGUGCAAUUACCGGAUCGUCAAGAUAUUUACAUUCCACGUUGUAAUUUAUACCUUCUCUAUGGGGGGUCUUUUUCCACGUACACAUGUAAGCAACUUUCCUACUUAUUACAGUUAUAAAACUGUCGUAACAUAUUAAAACCAAUAAAAGCAGUUUUAACGAGAAAAGCUAUGACGGCUAGACGCUGGAACUGCAUAAAGGGUCAACCAUCUCGUUAGGUUAUUAAUGAGCCUACAGCAGAUCAAAACUUGCAGCAUCAAAAAUUUACGCCGACCGGAUGUAUUACUCGCUUCAAUUGCAAUGAGAAUCAAUUUACGUCGAUACUCGUGUCAGCGCGGGAUGAAGUGCAAGGAGCUGAUACACGGAAGAUAUUCAUGGGGAAGGUGUACAGGGUCGGACUCAAGUCCUCGACGCCGAGACAACAGCAUGCAGCAGCGACUCACAUAAGUCCGGGUCUAAUACAUAUGCAAUUGGCUUGACCGAACGUUUCAAGUUUUUGCCGUUAUCGCACUAUACACGCCCCAUGCAUGUAUCCUAAGUUGCCCACGCGAUGGAAGCCAGAAGUGUCGGUGAUGCCUGUUGUUGGCCUGCACAUGUAACGGAUGAAGAAAGGGAAGGGGGAAAACGGGGAAGCGAAUCGAUGAAUGAACGAGCGAGUCUCGUGUCAGCCAAUAUGUAUAUGCAGUUCUACGAAUCACGGUGAGGGAGCAUCCAAAACGAAUUCUGCUGAAGUUGAUUUUUGGUUUGUUUGAGAAAAGACCAAAAACUCUCCUCGAGGAUCGCGGUGACGUAACUCAAGUUAAAACGCUGCUGCCGCUGAUCUUUUUCCAUCCAAGUCUUGGACUGCGGACUUCUUCGAAUAGGAGUCAGUCACUGGGAGUGGCAACUGGCAUGGGCUCCUCGAGGACUGAGGAGGUCCGAAGCGCUGAAGUUGAAUCCGAAGCUGAAGCUGCUGGCAUGAGACGCUGCAGUGACGGGGGGGCCCGCUGCCAACGCGUCGUUGCCGCCGUACUACCGAGGAUGCCGCUGACUCUCUUCUCCUGGUUGCCCACCGGGUGAGGCAGGUCGAGGGGCGAGAGGAAGGAGAGAGGCGAAGGGCACGGAGCGGAGCGACGGACGUACAGACGGACAGACCGACCGACCGACCGACCGACCGACGAACGGACGGGAGGACGUACGCUUUGUCGGCGCCCGCGGCAGAGAUCAAACGGGCCGAACUUCUCCCCCUUUUUCCCCUCCCGUAUCCCGGAGGAACCCCGCGCGGAGCCAGGCCGGGCCGGAUCGCAUCGAGACGAGCAAAACCGAAGGCGAAGCUGAGCUAAGAGAGCUAAGAGGCUCCUCUCUCUACGAACUCGGGCCAGCAGUAAAACCGUAUUACUGCAGCCGCAUGGGAUUUACCUGUGGUUAGGCGGGUAGGUAGGUAGGUAGAAUGUAUUACGGGCCCCGCGCGUUCUAUACUUCAACUCGCUUUGCAUCUGCGGGAACGGCAACAGCAGCCCGAGCAGCGGCAUCGUCGUCGAUGAUCGGUUCGCGCGUAUGCCGCAGCGAACGCGGUAAAUAUCGCCCUCCUUCCUUCCUCCUCUUAUCUUUGUAUUCGUAUCGAUUUAAUUAGUCCUCGGUGUUAUUUUGUGCGAAUUACUCUCGAUGCGCCUCUUUACCACCUCCCCCCAUCCCGAUCGCGGUCUCUCCCGACGGUCAUUAAACGGCGCCGCGCAACUCUCAAUUUUACUUUUCUCUUAUUUUCAUUUUAUUUUCAUUUUAUUGCCGCUUUGCACCGUACCACACUCCGCCGUUCAUGCCGCAUUGCGAUCGUACUCCAGCCGUACCGUUGCUGCUCCUGCUGCCGUUCGCUCCUCCUGCCGCUUUCAGAAUUUCCAACUUCCAAUACUAUACGCGAGCAGUCUUGGUCAGAUCCUCGUGCCGGCUUAUAAUGGGGUACGAGGGAACGGGGAAUGGGAAAGCGCGUAUCCCCGCGCUCCAGCCCCAGCUGUCGUACCUCGUACCUUUACCUCUGCCCGUUGACAGGCGCGGGCCCCGUGACGUUCCACCGUUGCUGCCGCUGCGGCAUCGAGUGCCGCCGACCUGCGUUUCGUUGCAGCUACCCGUGAUAAAUACGCCAUACAUCCAGCAGAGAUACGUACACACGAAUACGCACGACGACGCUGAUUUGCCUUUGCGCCUUUGCCCGCUGUACCUACCUCCAUCGGGACCAUCCACCGGUCACGGCUGAUCUUUCAAAAGUCCGGGCUGAAAGUUGAGCACGGAUUUUCCCGGCUAAUUGGAAGGACGAUUAAAAGUCAAAGGAUGCGGGAGUCCGAGGCCGUUACUGCCGGCGCGACGCGAUGCGAAGGAGGGUGUUAUUUUAGGUAAAAGGAAGAAAAAAGGAGAGGAGAAAUAAAAUAUAAAAUGAAAAAUAAAAUCACGAUGCUCCCGGCUGCAGCAGCAACAGCAGCAGCAGCAGCAGCAGCAGAUCUUCUCUUCGGAGUCUCACUGAAAAGCCGCCACCUCUGUGUGGCCCACUGUGGUUUAUUAUACGAUGCCUAUAUUAUACAGAAUUUGAAUAAAUGGCAAGCGUAAGCGCGCCCCUCAUGCUCCUAUGGAAAGGCGUCUCAAAGUUUGUCGCCGUGGUUGAUACGCUGUAAAAAAAAAAAAAAAAAAGGAUAAAUAUCAAGGAAGAAAAAAUGGAGAGAAAUUGAGAGAGAAAAAAAAAAAAAACGAACGUCCGUGUCACACUUUAAGUCACCUGGCUCUCCUUUCGCGAUGACAACGCGACACCACCACCGCAUACGUAUGUAACCUGCCUUGAUGUUCAACAAUAUUUUCACGGCCUUGUACAGCAUCUUGCUGAAUAUCGAUCAAGAAUCAACUCCCCCGAGGAACACAACGUACUCUAACGAACUGGGUCUGUACGAGAGCCACCUUUCCAUCGAUGAUUCGAAUCGGAAUCCCUAGAAUUACACCUUCCCCAAAGUGCAUCGAGGGCGACAAAGUCCAGAUGAACAACGUGCGAACUGAACGAUCCCCAUGCCUGGCGUGUACGGUACGCGAUUGCCCGUGAUGUUUGAGAGGAGGGCAUGUGGCAUGAGGAGGCAUAAGGCAUGCAAUGCAUUGCCUUCUCUCCUCUCGCUGUGCAUGUGCGCGCGGGGGUAAAGGCUGCGUUCGAAGCGAACGACGUGUGGCUACACAACAACCUCCAACGUUUGUGAGCCCUCCAGUCAGUGAAAAGAGAAAGAGAGAAAGAGUGAGUAAGAUAUACAAAUAUUUGUACGGGAAAGAGAGGGAUGAAAGGAGGGUGAGAGACCCGGGAGACUGGAGAGCGCCUGUGCCCGAGUAAAAAGAGACGGUAGAGGGACAGCAGCGGCAGCGACAGGAGGAACGAAGUUCCCGGUGGUGGGGGAACUCUGAGCUGCGGUUUAGGCGAGGGGGCAAUCGCCGCGUAGUCAAACUACGCUCGUAGAUGUAGUCGCACGAAUGAAGUGUUCGCGUCGUGUCCCUUUUAAAAAACAGAAAAAUAAAUAAACUCGUUUCAUUCUUAUAACUUUAUACGUAACGAACGCGCGUCAGUGCAUCUUUAUUUAUUAGUUUUCUCAAGAAAAGGAGGCAAAACAACAAACGAAACUAAUAUACACGUUAUUCACAGUUCCUUACAAUAAUCGUAUUCAACGAUAUUAUUAUUCUAUUAUCGAACUAUCGCCACCUUUUUUAUUAUUACUCAUUCGGUAACGAGCGGUACAAAACGUUUACACUGUACACAUGUGUACCGGAGAAACGGGAGACUUGAGUGACCUAAUAAAUGAACUGGCUCCUCGCUCUUCCAAAAAAAUAAACAGAACUGAACAAAAUAAAAUCACCGAACGAACUAAACAAAUUAUAAAUUAACUAAAAAUCUACAAGGAUCUUUUUCUUUAAUCAGAAAAAUAAAAGAUACCUUCAGUGCUUCCCCUUGGCUAAAGUUACGUUUAUAAAAUAAUAAUUACAACAACAUUUGAAGAACAUUAAAGAGUAGCAAGGAUAUAUAAACUCUCUUCUUCUAUCUGACCGUUUAUUAUAAAAUUGAAAAAAAAAACAACAAGUAAUUAAAUAAUAAUCAAAGACAAUAACUUAUUCAUAUUAAAUGAAUAUACACACUAGUUGUGUGGUAUAUUAAAAGCGAUAUGACGUUGAGCAAGGUGUUUGCUUCCUGACCGCUGCGCAGCAGUGUAUUAUGGUUAGUUACUCGUGAGUUUUCCUUUGAAGUUUUUCUUUCGGUUCUUUUUUUUACGUUCACUCAUUUUCGUUCGUUUUAAUUUUCUUUUUUUUUUUCUUAUUUUCUUCCCCAAGUGAAGAAUCGUGACGCCGCGCCAACGCGCCUAUGCCCAAAGAGAAAAUAUACAACGAUUACUAAACCCUAUAAAAAAAACCAGUGGUGUAAUAAUAAAAACAACAAUAAUACACGACAAUAAUUAGUAAUAAUAAAAAAGUUAGUUUUUCGGUUAUUUUUGAUUGUGCGAGUUGGACACAAGUUUGACAGUGUGUCCGUGUUUACGUAUGAGGGCCCUAUGGCUACUGGAUUGGUCAAGUGGUGUCGUGCAAGGUUCCUCGCUGGAUACAAGCCCUUUUCUGUCGUUGGCGGAGGUACAGAAGGAAGUGAUGCCGAAGAAUUGCUGGCCGGCGUCACGGUGCCGUGCAGUAGCUCGCCGCCUCCACCUCCUCCCUUACUUACGCCACCAGAAUCUCCUACGACUCCAACACCACCGACCGUCAAUGAAGAUCAGACGAAUUCCCAUGCGACCAGACAGUUCAGCUUUGAGGAAUUUGAGUGCGACGUCUCCGUAGCGGAGGGUGACCGAAGAAGGCAGGAGUUCUCCUUUACCUUGUACGACUUUGACGGUCACGGCAAGAUCACCAAGGACGACAUCGCAGGACUUGUUACCACUAUUUACGAUACAUUGGGUACCUCGAUUCAGGUGCCGCCUUGUGGCAGUAAAACUAUCAAAGUUAAAUUGACGGUGUCGCCGGAUCAGAGAUCUGGCCAGGCGCACAUCACGCCUGUUAAAACUGCAAAUCUUCCACAAACUUUACCUGCGCCAGCUCCUUGCUGUCACGUUAAACACGUCACUUCCUGUGGUCACGCUAAACACGCUUCCCGCAGAGUUCCUAGAAGACGGAGAGUUCAACGUCAUCGAUGUCAGUCCGAGCACGGAGUGGACAGUCCCACGGAGGACGACGCGCGAAAUAUUCCAGCGAAUCGGUCGAAGCAAGAAGAGCUGAGAAGACGAGUUGGACCGGUGCCUCACUUACCUUCGCCCUACUCGAAUAGCUCAGAAGGUGACGUUAGUGAAGACAGCGACGCGUCUCCUCUGCUGACACCUCUGACUCCCCUCAUACCCAGUCAACGAAAACGUAGUGGCGCUAUGCAGAGACAGCAGUUGCUCGAAAUCAUUCAAGCCAACAUGGAGAAGAACAAUCUCAGUUUUCACGCAUCCAGGAAACGACACCAGAACGAGCACGCACGCAUUCCUCUUCGCAGUCCGUACACCGAACCCUCGAGUCCUUACAUCCAGAGAUGCAGAGCUCCGCAGGCACCUAGACAUCCGGCCUACCACAAGCCGGUACGGGAACAACCUCAUCAUCCAAAUUCGUUGCCGGACGUCCCCACGAAGCCCAGGGGCAACGGGAGGAAGCCCCGCGUUCAUCACACUCCUAUAACUUGCACUCUGACGCAUCCUACGGAAAAUUUUGUUCAAGCUAAUACGGUUACCCAAAACCUCACCACAUCUGCGACGCAAAAUAAUCUGAACAACGCCAAUCACAGUAACACUAAUAACCAGAAUAAUUCUAAUAGCAAUCAAUCUAAUUUAAAUACUAACAACCACCGGAACGAAGCUCACAUUCAACCACCGUCGAGCGGUAAAGCGGGUAAAAAGCAUCAGCUAAAACAUGCGACAAGAGAACAGGACCAGGCUAGAGCUAUGGCGCAGGUCGUACGUUGGUUGGAACGUGAGUUUUCUCAAGGUGCAGCAGCCGCAGCUGCUGGUCGAAGACAUGUUCACGAACACAUUCACCAUCAUUAUCAUCACUAUCACGCAGAAGCGCUGGUCUAACGCCAUGUUUUCACGAGCGUUAUUGACAGGUGAAACAUAAAUUCGAUUGGGGUACCGAACGGCGAGAAGACGUCGCGAAAUUUCUCAUGACUGGUGAACUGAGGAUAAGCUUGUAAUAAAAUUAGAACAAUGAAAUCUGAAACUUACGGAUUUGAUAUCGUUGAUUAAGUUAUUUAUGAACUGAGUAAAACCUAGUUAGUAUCCUUUAGUCGGUAUAUAGAUCCAAAAAUCUGCACAUUAGAUCUAGGUAGCACAAUACGGAAUCAGAAAAGGGAAAGUUUGAUUAUGAAAAAAUUUCCGGGUAUAAUUACCGAUUAUCUCGUUGCAACAAAACGAACUUCUUUUUCAAGAUUCAGAGCUUCGUUUAUACUAGCUUCUAUGAUUUUAUAUUAUUUAUUUUGCAUUAUGAACGAUACGACGUGCACUGUACAAGUAAUUUCCAAUUUUUUUUGAAAAUUAGUCGGUUAACGGUUCUUCUUUUCUUAAAUCAGUUAUGCUCCAGAAACAUGGUAAUAUAAUAAUAAUGUACUAUUGGAAUCGACUUGCUUGUAUACGCGCUAUAAAUAUAAUACACGUAUUAUAUCUAAUGCAACAAGUAGAUGCUAAGCAACGGAAUCGUGACAAUAUUUUUCUAUCAAUCUCAUCACAGAGUAUUAAAAAUCUAUCGGAUAAUAAGGUAAUAGUAAUCAUGAUCAUAAUAAAAAUAACAGCAUUGAAGAUAAUAAUAAACAUAUUGAUAAUAAUAAUAACGAUAAUAACAAUAGUAAUAAUACUAUCGAUAAAUAAUAGCAGUAGUAGUAUUAACAAUAAUAUUAAUUAUAAUGAUAAUUAAAUAUUAAUGAAAAAUUGUUAUAAAUUUGUCCUUGGGAAAAUUUUUUUAUCACUACACCAAGACAUGUAAUUUUGUAUUGAAAUUUGUAACCACUGUAGAUAUUUUGUGUAAUGUUUUUUUUUGUAUCAAUAUUUAUUAAAAAAAAAUACAUUUUUUAUAAAAAUUGGUUUGCCCUUAAUUCUUCAGAUCAUUGAAUAAUCGACAAUUAUUUCAAUUUGCAGAUAAAAAUUGGUGAAUGAUGUGGAUUUUGCAACAUCUGGGAAUCACUAAAUGAUGAUCUCCUGUUUAAUU